GAUGCUGGUUUUCUCCGCGGUUCCUGGCGGAGGAGGGCGCCUGUCACCGUGAACACCGCGACCCGGAGCGGGGGUCAGCGGCGGGCGGCUGCGGAGCCCCGGCAGUUCGUGCGGACGGCGCCCGUGCAGCUGCUCCGGCCGAGCUCUCCGCCCCGGCGACGGCUGCUCCGAGGGGCCGCCAGCCCCGCGCGCGAUCGGGUCCGCCUCUAGCUCCGCGCCCCCCGCCCCGCUCCGGGCCCGCGUCUCUCCCGCAGCUUCGCAUCAACGGUUCCGACCCGGCAGGUGCCCGCAAGGGCCUGGUGAGCCUACGGACACCCCGGACGACUGCCCCGGAGGCUGAGCACUCGCCCCCGCAAGCCGCCCCCGAGGGGCGCCCCGCUCAGGCCGCCCGUGCGCGCCCCGCGCUUCCUUCCCCGUCUCUGGGCGCGGGACUGGCGCGGCGUCGCUGCCAAAGCUGUUGUCGCGUCCCGCGGGCGGAUCAGGACGAGCCCCUCGGCCGCCCCCGGGCUGCAGGUUGGCCGGAAGCAGAACACGCCGAACCCCGGAGAGGACGCGCGCGGGCCCGUUCCCGCGGCAACCGGGCAGGCAAGAGAAACGCCCCGCAGCCGGCCUCGCGGGCGGCGGCGCCUCUAUGGAAUCGGGUUUUUGGGUCAUCGCCCCUCACCGUAGAACCGUGAACAGAAAUGGAAGUCAUCCUGAAAUUGCCGCUCUUCAGUCCCGGAGCCGGCAUCCUGACCUGCGCCGAGGGCAGACGCUUAACGGACUGAGCCAGGAAGGCGCCUUAUCAUAAAUUAUCUUUAUACAAGUUAACUUUCAGGGUGAUGACGGCGUCUUCUCCUGUGAGGGACUGAGAAUCGGGACUCUUGUCUCACCAUGAGCAUCACCCCAGAGGUCAAGAGUCAUGGGAUGAAGUUUGCUGAGAAACAGCUGCUGAAGCAUGGAUGGACGCAAGGCAAAGGCCUGGGCCGGAAGGAGAAUGGCAUCACCCAGGCCCUCAAGGUGACACUGAAGCAGGACACUCAUGGGGUGGGACAUGACCCUGCCAAGGAGUUCACAGACCACUGGUGGAAUGAGCUGUUCAACAGGACUGCAGCCGGCCUGGUUGUGGAAACCGGGCAGGAUGGAGUACGGCUAAGGCAUCUCUCUAAGGAGACCACCCGUUGUAGUCGUCCCAAGCCCAACAUGCUGUAUCAGAAGUUUGUGAAGACGGCCACACUGACGUCAAGUGGGGAGAAGCCAGACAAGGACUUGGAGAGUCACAGUGAUGAUGACAACCAGGGACCCAAGCCUCCGAAGAUUCUGACCGAUGAGAUGCUGCUGCAGGCCUGCGAAGGGCGCACGGCACACAAGGCCGCUCGUCUCGGGAUCACCAUGAAGGCUAAGCUUGCCCGGUUGGAGGCCCAGGAGCAGGCGUUCCUGGCUCGUCUCAAAGGCCAGGACCCUGGGACGCCUCACCUACAGUCUGAGAGCAAGCCCCCCAAAAAAAAGAAGAAGAAAAAGAAGCAGAAAGAGAGAGAUGCCAUAGCAACAGCCAGGAGAGCAGAAGAAGAGUAUGGGGGAGACGCAAGCCAGGCUGACGGGAGAAGCAGGAAGAAGACCAGACAGAAGCCAGAAGCAGUGGUGGCAGAGGAGCAGGAGGGAGCGGCGGUGGGGGAUGCGGACAGGGGGGCCGCACGGGCGAGUGGACCCGGAGAGCAGGAGAGCAGGGAACGAGCUGAUGAGCGCCACAGGAAGAGAAAGAGGAGGCAGCACCGCGCAGAGGAGCCGGGGGUCCCAGAUGGAGGGGCCGGAAGUCAGGAGGCUGAAGCCAGCGCUGGGACAGAGCAGGCAGAGAGCGGCACAUGUGCCAAGGUGCGGCGCAGACACAAGAGACGGCGGCGGCCGGAGGAGGGGGACGUGCACGCAGAGGACGCGGUGCAGGGGGCUGCUGUGGACGGUGGGGCCCGGGAAGCAGCAAGCAGAGCGCACAGGGAGGGGAAGAGCAGGAAAAGCAAGAAGAGAAGACCACGGCCCCAGGAGGAGGGGGAGGAUGUAAGGGAUGAAGGGGAUGAGGAGGGCGGCGGGGCUCGGGAGGCCGGGAGCGGGGCUUGCACCGGCCCAGGCAGCCGCGGCGAGCGGAGGCCGCGGGGACGAGCUGCUGCAGUCGGCGAUGACGGAGAGUGAGACAGAAGCAGAACAGACUGUGAAAGGCAGGCCCGUGUGGGGCUCCACGAACCCCCUUCUGAGGAGCUGCGGACUCGGACCGGAGUUGACCGGGUCUCCUGUGCCCUCCGGAGGAGGAGGCGGACCAGUGAACUCCAGCUGCUCAGAGCCGGGUGUGGGCAGCAUCCCCUGAAGCUUCUAACCCAGAGAGGGAGAGCUCGGGCUGCGGGCAGACAGGGCCGCUGCAGACGCAGGCCGUAGGCCGCCGGCCCCCCAGACUAGAGUAAACCACUCCGUGCCAGCCUGUGUGAGCUUCCUGCUUCUCCACUCCCAGCUGGGGAACCUCUGAAUACAGCUCAGGGGUUCCUUGGA